GCCAAAACAUGAUGUCUCUUGCUCUGUGCUUGCUUUUUUCUACUCUGAAAUGUCCUGUGUGUAUGCGUUGCAGCAUUUCUCUUCUAAGCUUGUGAGGAAUUAUUAUCUUCUCACCUUUCAAGAGAAUUCCAUCAGCCUCUGUGAUCUCAUGACGGUGGUUCCAGUAUUCGCUGAUGAAUGAGGGGCACCUUUUCCUUGUCUCCGGCCAGCCUGAUCAAAUUGCAUCUCGAAGGCCAGACAGUUGCUCAUCUUCAGCUGUUGCUGUUUUGAGGUCUCUUAGCCUGUCAGUACUUACUGGCAUUGUGCUCAUCACAGUGUGUACUUGUGUUUCCAUGUCCUCAGUUAGUGAUUGGUCCUCGUCAUAAGUAGAAUUCCUCCACAGUUUGUCAGCGACUGGAAUCUCCUUCCCUGGUUUGUUAAUGAGAGUGAUGCUGUAUUUUGCAGGGCAAGCAACAUUCGUUGUAGGCGUAGUGGUGCAGAGGCCAAAGGCUUGUGAAUUAUUGACUCAAGUGUCUUAUGGUCUGAUUCAACAGUUACAUGUUUUCCAUAUAUGUAUUUGUGGUAAUCUUUUGCAACCGUACAGCACUGUAUAUAGCUCCUUCUCAAUCUGAGCUUAGUUUUGCUCUGUGCUGUUGAGAAGUUUGGAUCUAUAUGCAACUGAUCGGCCUUCCUGCAUGAUUGUUGCACCUAAACCAUGUUUUGAUGCAUCGACUUGCAGUGUCACUUCUUUUUUGGGGUCAAAGUAGCCUAUUACUGGCCCUGGUUCGGCUGUUAUUGUCUCUUUCAUUUUUUCAAAUGCAGUCUGGUGGGUUUUAUCCCAUUUAAAUUCUGUGUCGUGUCGCAGGAGGUGUCUGAGUGGUGCGUUCACCUCAGCCAGAUGUGGGGCAAACCUGGCAAGGUAAUUCACCAUGCCAAGGAUCAUUUCCAGCUCUGCCUCAGUUGUUGGUGACUGCAUGUCACGGAUUGCUUUCACCUUUAGGGGAUCUGGUUUCAGUCCUUUAGCUGUGAGUUUGUGUCCAAAGUAGCUGACUUCACUGAUACAGAUGCACUUAUCUAGGUUGAGCUUUAAACCUCAUUCCCUGGUCAUGAUCCUCUUUUGUUUUUCCAAACAUUACGAUGUCGUCUACGAUGCCAGCCACUCCCCCCAGGCCUUCACACACUUCAUCGAUUCGCCUCUGGAACUCAUCCUGGGCGGACACGAUGCCCAAGGGAAGCCUGAGGAAACGAUAUCUUCCAAAGAUGGUGUUAAACGUGGCUUGAUGCACUCCUGCGGCAAGCUCCUCCUCCUACUCUCGCUGCUCGCUCCUCUGCAGGGAUGCGCCCGGUCUUACCCGAUCAGUUUUUGGCAGAUCAUCACUUUAUGGCACAAUGCCGAUGUUAAGCAGAUGCUGAUGGUUAAAGAAGAAGCUCUUGUAAACCACAGACCUUGUGCUGACCUACAUGACCCAAAGCUCCACCACACAAAGGAGGAACAGGAGGAGGUCUACACCAGUCUGGGGGGAGAGCAGCUCAAUGGGAAGAAGGAGAUUGAUGCCAUCAGGUUUCCAAUCACUGCUACUCUCAUAAAGAGUGAGGAUGAUAAACAGUCCCCUCUGCUCUCACAGCUUUAUCAAGUUCAAAUUAAAGGCAGAGCGCUUCCAGAACACAUCAAUGGAGGAGAAGAAUCCAUCAGGAUACAAGAUCAUGGAGAUGGUUCCAUUUCCUCAGAAACUGAAGACACUGAGAAGGAUGAAAAGGCCGAUGAUGUAAAGCAUCCCGUCUCUGAUCUCAAACACUUGUCAGACUCUGGACUGAAAUCUAAGGACAUGGACAAUGACUGGAAGGACAGCAGAGCUCCUGAGUCAGAUGUAAACAUUAACAAACCUUUUAGCUCGGCUGCGUUUGCUGAACAAUUUGUUCACCGUGGCUUUCUUCAGAAAGACAUGAUAAAUUCAGAAAUAGGAACUUUAAGCUCGCUGGAUGGGAAGAAAUGUUUCACAAAGAAGAAAAAUGUGGAAUCGUCAAUGAAAGUCCAGACAGGAGUGAAGUUUAGCUGUGAAGACUGUGGUAAAACCUUUAUUGGAAAAUACACUUUAAACAUACAUAAGAGAAUCCACACUGGAGAGAGACCUUUCUGUUGCGAUCUAUGUGGACAAAGAUUUAACCAAAAAACUAAUUUAAACACACACAUGAGAGUCCACACUGGACAGAAACCUUUCUGUUGUGAUCUAUGUGGAAACAGAUUUAACCAAAAAGAAAGUUUAAACACACACAUGAGAAUCCACACUGGACAGAAACCUUUCUGUUGUGAUCUAUGUGGACAAAGAUUUAACAGAAAACAUCAUUUAAAAACACACAUGAGAAUCCACACUGGACAGAAACCUUUCUGUUGUGAUCUAUGUGGACAAAGAUUUAACCAACUAACAAAUUUAAACACACAUAUGAGAAUCCACAGUGGACAGAAACCUUUCUGUUGUGAUUUAUGUGGACAAAAAUUUAACCAAAAAACAAAUCUAAGCACACACAUGAGAAUCCACACUGGACAGAAACCUUUCUGUUGUGAUCUAUGUGGACAAAAAUUUAACCAAAAAGGAAGUUUAAAUAAACACAUGAGAAUCCACACUGGACAGAAACCUUUCUGUUGUGAUCUAUGUGGACAAAAAUUUACUGAAAAAGGAAGUUUAAACAAACAUAUGAAAAUCCACACUGGACAGAAAUCUUUCUGUUGUGAUCUAUGUGGACAAAGAUUUAACCAAAAAGGACAUUUAAACACACACAUGAGAAUCCACACUGGACAGAAACCUUUCUGUUGUGAUUUAUGUGGACAAAGAUUUACUGAAAAAGGAAGUUUAAACACACACAUGAGAAUCCACACUGGACAGAAACCUUUCUGUUGUGAUUUAUGUGGACAAAGAUUUAACCAAAAAGGACAUUUAAACACACACAUGAGAAUCCACACUGGACAGAAACCUUUCUGUUGUGAUUUAUGUGGACAAAGAUUUAGCCAAAAAGGAAAUUUAAAGAAACACAUGAGAAUCCACACUGGACAGAAACCUUUUUGUUGUGAUUUAUGUGGACAAAGAUUUAGCCAAAAAGGAAAUUUAAAGAAACACAUGAGAAUCCACACUAGAGAGGAAAAUGUUUAAAGUUUAAAUGCUCAAACAGAUUAUGGUUGCUGCAAAAGUUUUUGAUGUGAAGUGCAAGGCCAGCGGCGGGAAUACUUCUAAUCUGAGGAAGCACCUAGUUAAACACCAGAUUUUUGUCAAGGCUGAAGAGUCCAAAAUUUCAGAUAUAUAGCUACAACUCCUUCAUUCAGCACCGUUAACACGCCUGCUAAUGGAUACAAUUUGUGCAAUACAUUUUUGCCUUAUUGAGAAAACAAAAACUGCGUAGUUAAGGGUUUUCAUUUGCAAGAAAUGUUUGAAACAACUGAGAUGUUACAAUACCAACAGCUGGAUGUUGUUUUGAUAUAUUCAUUAAAGUUUAUAUAUAGAA